GCUUCUUCUUUGUUCAGCUCCUCGCACCGCACUCGGCUUGGCCCAUACUGAUCAUGACUACCUUCUUCCCCCAUACCAUAGACUUCAUUGAAGUCGCCCUGGACGUGUCCGCCAAUGGCCGCCUUCAACUUCCUCCCUAUCCCGAAGACAGCAGGAGCAUGAUCUACAACAUCAGCAUCUUCAUGUCCAGUUACGAGACGGGCCGCAACUUCACCAUCACCAACGGCACCGCCUCAGCCAACAACGCCAGCCUGGGCGACAUCAUGUUCCAGGAGCCCGGCAGCACAGUCAAGCACGUCAAGUGGACCUGGCCAGACUGCCUGGUCGGCGACGGCGGGGAGGAGCAAGGACUGGGCGACACCGACCGGGGCGUCUAUAACAUCUCCAUCCGCCAAUCCUUCCGCCUCAACGGCGAGGACCACUACACCGUCUUCGACCUGCCCAUUUCGGUCACCAACAGCAUCCCGGCCAGCGACGAGCGGCCGUCGUGCGACGCCCUGGACAACCCGCUCCUGGACCCCGAGCAGAUCCUUGAGUCGGCCGACGCCAGCGUGCCCGUCAUGUUUGCGCCGGGAGACGCGACGUCGGUGGAGACGACUGCUAACGGCGCGGCCAGCCGGAAAGGGGGGAUCGCCUGGCUCGGGCUAGCGGGCUUGGUUGGCGCUCUGGUAAUCUAAGGGAGAUAGCGAAAGGGAGCUGAUGUGUGGCAGAAGGCGCACAAACCUUGAGUAGAUAUAUUGUAAUGCCCUUUUUUCCUUUCCUUUCCUUCCCUUCCCUUUCCUUUUUUUUUUUUCCUUCUGACCUUAUCUUCAUUAUUUUUCUUCCCAUUGCUUUUUUUUUGCUGUUGUUCAACAUCUGCACUUUCGAUACUAGAUUGUAUCUGUCGAGGCUCGUGUCUAACUAAGCCCUACAUUUUGAGGGUCGUCUUUCGGUUGGACAGGUCCAGCAAGCAACAAGCAGGCGGGCGAUUGUGCCUUGAUUAGUCACUUUUACAGUUCUGCAACGAGUUCAAAGUGCUG